AUGGCUGAGCAGCUACUCGGCGCCUACCUGCAGAACAGGCUCGGCUCGCUGGCGGACAACCAGAUCUUUUCUGGUGGUCUGCUGCUGGUGGUCGUCGGCCUUGUGGCGGCCUGGCUGCACUGGCUCGCCCAGGAGCUGUGGGACCGACUGCAGCGUCAGUUCCUGGUGUCGCUCGAGGUGCGGAAGGAGGACGAGGCCUUCCACUGGCUCAUGAAGUGGCUCGCCGUGCAGACCGAGAGGACGAACGGCCGCGAGCUGAGCAUGCUCACCAGCCGCGAGAACCGCCGCGACCGAUACGAAGGCGCUGAGGCCGCCACCAAGCCGCAGCUGCACUUCGGCCCGGCGCCCGGGCUUCAUUUCCUGCGCUUCCGCGGCCGGUGGAUUACAGUGGAACGCAUCAUCAAGGAGAACCAGUUCGGCGGAAGCGCGGGGCACAACGGGCUCGAGCUGCAGGAGACGCUCAAGCUCACCACCUACGGCCGCCACCCGCAGAUCCUCAAGGACAUCGCCACCGGGGCCAUGAACCACUCGCUGGGCGACGAGCUCGGGAAGGUGCUCAUCUUCCAGCCCAAGUACGGCUACAACGCCGGCCAGUGGCGCAAGCUGAUGGCCAUCGAGAAGCGCUCCAUCGAGUCGGUCCACUUCCCCAAGGGCGUGCUCGAGAACCUGCUGGCCGACGUGCGCGAGUUCUUCUCGAUGCGCGACUGGUACAAGCGCCGCGGCAUCCCGCACCGCCGCGGGAUCAUGCUCCACGGCCCGCCGGGCAACGGCAAGUCGUCGUUCGCCGCGGCCCUGGCCGGCGAGCUGGGCCUCAACCUGUGCGUGUGCAGCCUGGCCAACUCGAGCCUCGAUGACGACGACCUGCAGGAGUACAUGCGCAAGAUGCCCAAGGGCAGCAUCCUCCUGCUGGAGGACAUCGAUGCCGCCUUCGUGCACCGCAAGAAGAACGUCGAUGACGGCAACAGCAACAAGGUCACCUUCAGCGGCCUGCUCAACGCGCUCGAUGGCGCGGUCGCUUUCGAGGGCUCGCUGGUCCUCAUGACCACCAACCAUCGCGAGAAGCUCGACCCGGCCCUCACCAGGCCCGGCCGCGUUGACGUGGCCCUCUAUGUCGGCCUCGCCAACCGCGACCAGAUCGAGCGCCUCUUCGCCUACUUCUACCGACCGUGGGAGGCCGCCGCCGAUGUCGAUAAGGCCGAGAAGAACGUUGAGGCCGAGGUCCAGCACGUGGGCAAGAAGGAGAUAGCGGUCCGCAAGGAGGAGAUCGAACGCGAACGCGAGAGGGUCGACAAGAUGGCGAUCGAGUUCGCGCGCCUGGUGCCCGAGGAGCAGGUGUCGAUGGCCAGCAUCCAGGGCUACCUCCUGCGCUUCAAGCUCGACCCCCAGGCGGCCAUAGACAACGUGGGCCAGUUCGUGGCUGAGGAGAAGGCUCGCAUCAGCGAAGAGGAUGCCCGGCGUAAGAAAGAGGCGGAAGAGGAGGAGAAGCAGAACGCAGCCAAGGAGGCUGAAGACAAGCGACCAAACGACGCUGUGUGA